AUGGACUCAAUGAAUAUCUUUCCUGGCUAUCGGCAGGCCGAUAGUAUUGUUUUCAUUGCCGUGGGAUCAAUUCUUGGUUUAAGCCUGCUUCAUCUCUUACGCACCUACUGGCGGCUGCGAUAUAUUCCUGGGCCAUUUCUGGCCCGGUUCACUAAUUUACAACGAGUCUACUGGGUGAAAACAACUAGGGCUCACGAAAUACAUCAGCAGAUGCACGAAAAAUAUGGCAAUGUAGUCCGUUUUGGACCAAAUAUGGUGUCCCUCGGAGACCCUGCUCUUAUUCCAAGCUUAUAUCCAAUUCGACCGGGAUUUCCUAAGAGCGACUUCUAUCGAUCUCUCAUGCCCUAUACGAGAAAGGGUGGCAGUCUGCCAGCCGUUUUCAACACUCGCGACGAGAAUCUGCACAAAGUGAUCAAAACCCCAAUCGCACCUUUGUUCUCAUUAUCCAAUAUACUUCCACUGGAAGUCUUUGUCAACAGGGUGUUGGAGGUGCUAUUCCAGCAGUUGGAUACCCGUUUCGUCAGCUCCGGUGACACUUUUGAUCUAGCCGACUGGUUACAGUACUUUGCAUUCGAUGUUAUGGGAACGUUGACAUUCUCUAAGCGAUAUGGGUUUUUGGAACAUGGAAGGGAUGUCAACAAUAUGCUCCUGACGAUUUGGACAUAUAUGAGUAACUGCGCACCGAUGACCCAAAUUCCGUGGUUUGACGUUGUCUGGAACAAGAACGCCUUUAUAACUCUGUUUCGACGCGCAUCAGGCCUCUCAAUCCUAGGACACGUUGGAGAAUUGAUCGCAGAUCGGCGGCAAAGACGGAACACACCAAGCGCAGUUAGCGACGAAAAAGCGUCUGACCGAGAUAUGCUGUCUCGAUUCUUUGAACUUCAAGAGAAGGAUUCUAAGAUUCCACGCUGGGCAGUAACUGCGUGGGCCUUCUCCAAUGUCAUUGCGGGCUCCGACUCCACAGCAGUCACGAUGCGGACGACGUGGUUUGGCCUGCUGUCUCACCCGGAGACACUGAAAACUCUCCGCAAAGAGUUGCUCGACCAGGAUAGCAAACUAGAAGGUGGAAUAACGCGACCAUUUCCAGCAUGGAAGGAUAUAUGCAACCUUGCCUAUCUCGAUGCAUGCGUCAAUGAAGCUGUGCGCCUGCAUCCGCCAUUCUGCUUACCGUUCGAGAGGGUGGUUCCCUCGGGUGGCUUGACGAUUGGGGGAACAUAUUUCCCGGCCGGAACGGUUGUCGGAAUGAGUCCAUGGGUAAUUAAUCGACACCGUCCAACCUUUGGUCAUGAUGCUGAAAGCUGGCGUCCUGAACGAUGGAUGGUACCUGAGGAGCAUCGACGUAAGCUUGAGCAAAGCGUCUUGACAUUCGGAGCUGGCAGGCGCGUAUGCUUAGGAAAGCAUAUUGCAAUGCUGGAAAUUAAGAAAUUGACCGCUGCACUAGCUCUCAAUUACGAGUUCGAUUUACUGGACCCCAAACGAUUUAAGGUGGAAAAUGGAUGGUUUUUUAGACAAUACGGAAUGGAUGUGAAGGCCAGAAAAGCCACCGUAUGGGAAGAAGAUAAAAAGCAAUAG